AAAAAAAAAAGGGGGAAGAGCAGGAGGAGGGGGGAGGAAAAAAAAAAAGAUCCUAGAAAUCCAAAAAGGCUCAUCUGGGAAGGAGAAAGAGGAGACCGAGAGGAAGCGGGAUGCAACUCAACCUGACGCUGAUCUGCUUCGUCUUCGGGGGGUUCCUGCCCGACGCCGCGGCCCGGCGGGAGCAGAUGGACACGGGGCAGUGCGACCUGCCCCGCUCGCAAGGAGAGCUCAACUCCUUCCUCUGGACCAUUCGCCGUGACCCCCCCGCUUAUCUCUUCGGCACCAUCCACGUGCCCUACACGCGAGUUUGGGACUUCAUCCCUGACAACUCCAAGGCCGCCUUCCACUCCAGCUCCAGCGUCUACUUCGAGCUGGACCUCACGGACCCCUACACCAUCUCGGGGCUGGCCAGCUGCCAGAUGCUGCCCCACGGGGAGAACCUGCAGGACGUGCUGCCCCGGGAGCUGUACCGCCGCCUCAAACGCCACCUGGACUACAUCAAGCUGAUGCUGCCCCACUGGAUGACCCCGGACCAGCGGGGCAAAGGGCUCUAUGCCGACUACCUCUUCAACGCCAUCGCCGGGAACUGGGAGCGCAAGAGGCCCGUCUGGGUGAUGCUCAUGGUGAACUCCUUGACGGAGACGGACAUCCGCUCCAGAGGGGUGCCGGUGCUCGAUCUCUACCUCGCCCAGGAGGCUGAGAGGAUGAAGAAGAAGACGGGUGCGGUGGAGCGGGUGGAGGAGCAGUGUCACCCGCUGAAUGGGCUCAACUUCUCCCAGGUGCUGUUUGCUCUAAACCAGACUCUGCUCCAACAUGAAAGCCUUCGAGCAGGGAGUUUGCAGGCCCCUUACACCACCGAGGAUCUCAUCAAGCACUACAACUGUGGAGACCUGAACGCUGUGAUAUUCAACCAUGACACUUCUCAGGUGCCAAACUUCAUCAACACAACACUCCCACCCCACGAGCAGGUGACAGCUCAGGAAAUAGACAGCUACUUCAGACAGGAGCUCAUCUACAAGAGGAAUGAGAGGAUGGGGAGAAGAGUGAUGUCACUUUUAAGGGAGAAUAGAGACAAGAGCUUCUUCUUUGCCUUUGGAGCAGGUCACUUCCUGGGUAACAACACUGUGAUUGAUGUACUGAGACAAGCAGGAUUUGAAGUGGAGCACACCCCUCCUGGACAACCAAUUGGAAAUUCAAGGACGACAAAGACAAGCCCAGCCUUGGAGGGACUCUCAGUGACAGCCUUGCCUCCUGUCCAGCUUUCUGAGCAGGUCCCACUGGCAUCUCCUUCCUUGAAGCCACAGCAGAUGGAUGAAGACAGCCUGUCUCCUCACCUCUUGUUGCCCGACAGCAUCAGCCAGCUGGAGGAGUUUGGCAGGCAGAAGAAAUGGCACAAGAAGCAGCACAAGCACCAUCGCCAGAGGCAGUUCAAUGACCUCUGGGUUCGGAUAGAAGACAGCACCACCACGUUGCCUUCCUAUAUCAGGAUAACCAAUGGCUACAUCACAGUCAAACCUCCCAUCUGGAUUUCCAACCAGCUGGAUCAGAGGCCGCGUCCCGAGCGCCCAUCCCAGCCCCAGCCCACGAGCUCAGCCCCAGCCAGCCUUCCAUGGCCGUCAGUAACAUUUCCUCUCUGCAUGGCCAUAGCUUCUUUUCUCCUGAGCCUACUGCAGCCCUCCUGACCACAUUGUAUUACAUGCAAUCCCUUGGAAUAGAGAGAUAAUUUAUGAACAAAUUGGAGUUUAAGACAACAGUUGCAAGCUGGACCUUCUCAGUGACUCAGUAGUGCCUUCUAGCUGAUUUUGUCUCUUUGCCCAGAUACAUUUUGAAACUCUAAAGCUUUAUUGUAACACUGACUUACAUCUUCUUUUUGUAGAAGGAUCUUUAUUUCCCAUAGUGCUAUGGGGUUUUGUAAAAUAUACAUGUUCAUAUAAAGAAAAAAAAAAGAAAAAGAAAAAUGUAUUUAUUCGACUGGUAAACUUAUUUUUCUUGUUGUAUAUGUUAAUAACAUCCCUAUUAAUCAGUAGCGACGGUGAAACAGAUAAAUUAAUAUUAUCUAUAUUUGUUUUCUGACAACUCUGCAAAUGUCUGAACUGACACCAAAUGAAUGCUGUCUUUGUUUCUUUAACCAUUACAUUUUACAGCAACUGUCCAAUAAGUUGAUUUCUGCUGAAGUUCUUUAUUUUACUUCUUUUAUCUCAUUAGCAUAUCUCACACUGAAUAAAGCAGAUCCUGCUCUCUGGGGCCUGUGCCCUUUAGAAAAAUAAAUUCAUUCUUAACUCCUUAGCUGCCACAGUCUGAAAUAACAGUUAUUUUUACAUGACUUAGUCAUUAUUCGGGAUAAUCCUCUACAUUCCUCCUGAUUUCUUUAACUAAACUAUUUAACUUCUUCAGAAAUUACCAGUUUCCUCCUUUGCCCUGAAAUUAAUUCACCAGCUAACACAUAUUAAAAGACCCUUUUCUUAAUAAAAAAUUGCUUUUAAAGUCUGGAAUAA